UCGCGGUCACGUGACCGCUGCAACUGCAUCUCGGGGAAUCGUUAUGACAGCGGAGACGUCAAAGCUCGCCAGCGGAUUGUAAACAAACGCUGGACCUGGCUGGACCGGCGUGGGCCUACGUAACACCGUAGUCGCGCGUCUCGCCGCACGGAACUCGCUCUUCCACCUUUUAUGUACACGCAGGCGAUCAAAAUGCCGGUCCAGAAGGAUUCGAAUAUCGUGAAGAUCGCCGUCCAGAUGACCGAUCAGGUGCCGCAGCUCAUCGAGUUCAAUCAGAAGCAACCUUUGGCCGGAAUUAUCCAGGAGCUGUGCAACGGAUGGGGCUUGUCUGAGGCGGAGUCGUACUCUCUGCAAUUUUCAGAGAAUAAUAAUCAGAAUUACAUCACGGAGAAAAAUAGAAACGAGGUGAAGAAUGGCAGUAUUCUCAGAUUGGAGUUUUCACCCUCGAAAACAGCGAGCGACAUUUUGACCAAGCUCAAUAAUGGGACGGUAGAAGAGAAAGUGACAGCUCUGCAGAAGCUGAGCACGCUCAGCAUAGACAUGACCUUCGCCCUGGAAUUUAUUAAUAGGAAGGGAUUGGCAUUAAUUAUUUCACAGGUGGAAGGUGGCAAAUAUAAGGGAAACACGCUUGCAUAUUCGCUUCAAUCGUUUGUGGAGUUGAUGGAUCACGGAAUCGUAUCGUGGGAUAUAUUGGAAACGCCCUUCAUCAACAAAGUGGCGAGCUAUGUCAAUAACCAAUCGGUACCUCAGGACACCAGUAUAGUGGAGGCGUCUCUGAGUAUUUUGGAGAACAUUGUCCUGAACUCGACGGGGAAGUAUGGACAAGUGGAAAAGGAAGUCACUUUUCCCAAUCUUGUAAUGCAUUUGCAGUGCAUGAAUCCGCAAAUUCAACAAAAUGCGAUAGCGUUGAUAAACGCACUGUUUCUGAAGGCUGAUCUGAACAAAAGGCGAGCGGUCUCUGCUACGUUACAAUCGAAACAAGUCAGGAACGUAUUCUUGACAAAUGUCAUACAGUCUACUGGACAGGUCGGUGCGGAAAUGGCGCAUCAACUCUAUGUAUUGCAGACGCUGAUGUUGAGUCUUUUAGAGCAACGAAUGAUGGCAAAGAUGGAUCCCCAGGAUCAGGACGCACAUGACAAAAUUAAGGAACUACGGAGGAUCGCCUUCGACACGGAAGGCGCGAAUAGUGGAGAUGUGACCGCUCGCAAGCAAGGACUUUUCGCCAAAGAUUACAAGAAAUUGGGUUUCAAAUACGACAUCAAUCCUGCUCUUGACUUCACCGAGACUCCACCGGGGAUGCUUGCGUUAGACUGCAUGGUAUAUUUCGCGCGUAAUCAUACUGAAGCUUACACGAAGGUCGUUCUUGAGAACUCGUGCAGGGCAGACGAGCAUGAAUGUCCUUUCGGCAGAACAAGCGUAGAACUUGUUAAAUUGCUUUGCGAGGUGUUACGCAUUGGCGAAGCUCCCAGCGAACAGGGUCAGUCUUAUCAUCCAAUGUUCUUUACGCACGAUCAUCCCUUCGAAGAGUUUUAUUGUGUCUGCAUAGUUUUGCUAAAUAAAACUUGGAAGGAAAUGAGAGCAACUACGGAAGAUUUCGUCAAAGUCUUCUCUGUUGUGCGCGAGCAGAUUACUAGGGCGCUUCAGUGUAAGCCCACAGGAUUGGACAAGUUCAAGAACAAGCUGCAGCAGCUGCCCUACUCGACGAUCACCAACCUCUGGCAACAGGAAAGAACAAACAGAGAGGAAUGGGAGAGCCACGCGAGGCCAAUUGUUGAACUUAGAGAACAGAUUACUCCUGAAAUCUUGGAGCUAAUUCAGCAGCAACGACUAGGAUUUUUAGUGCAGGGUACCAGAUUCAUGAAAUACAGUGCCAGGGGACAACGGAUUAAAGAUAAAUUUUGGUACGUUCGCUUAUCGCCAAAUCACAAAGUCUUCCAUUACGGAGACUGCGACGAGAAAUCGGUGCCGACAAUAGACGAACUCCCUACGAAAUUAGCGGUAGUCGAAAUUCGAGGGUUACUAAUCGGCAGGGAUUGUCCGCAUAUGAAAGACCUACAAAGACGGAAGACUACGCAUCAGUUGGCGUUUUCCUUGGCAUUGGACUCCGUUGAAGUAUCUAGUCUCGAUUUCGUUGCUCCCGAUGAACAAGUUUUCGAUUAUUGGACUGAUGGCAUUAACGCUUUACUCGGAAAUAGAAUGACUAGUAAAGAGGCUGAAAAUGACUUGGAGACUUUACUAUCCAUGGAUAUUAAAUUAAGACUUUUAGACGCCGAAGGGAUCGAUAUCCCGCAAGAUCCACCCACAAUUCCUGAACCACCGCCAAAUUAUGACUUUUGCUACGAGUUGAAGUAAAAACUGUAAGUCGUGCCCGUCUAUAUAGUUUACAUCAUGCAUUAAUAUUUUACAGGCAUAUUGAGCUAUCGAUCUUUGUUUACAAGUGUUGACUUUUAUAUUUUACCUGACUUUUCACACAUUUGCUACGAUACAGACUGAGAUUUCUCUCUCUAGAUCGUAACUUUCAAUUGCGCAUUUUAAUAAUAUAUAGAAUAUAGCAGUAUAUUUUGCCAAAGACAUUUUAUAAAUUUUAUAUACGUACGCAGUACUUUAUGUAUUUUUUAAGAAAUUAUUUAUCCAAUCGUAUAGGUACAAGUAACAUUACCGUAAUCAUGUUGACGAUCUUACUCUUAUAUAAUAAUUUAAUUAACUACAGAAGCGUCUGUUAAUAUAACCAAUCUGUCGUAAUAUAUUUUAUAUGUAUAACGAGACUUUAUAUAUCUUUAUUGUACUAUCAGUAUUUUAUAUUAUC